AAAAGGGGAAAAAAAAGAAAAAAAAAAAGAAAAAAAAAAGAAAAAAAUGGAAGAGAGUGAGAAAAAGAAGAAACCAGAAGAGCAAGUUCAAGAUCCUGAAUCUGAUUUACCAGAAGCCUUAUUAGAAUAUCACAUUGUGGCAAAAGAAGCAGCAAUUGAACGGGUUUUGUUUCAUCUGAAAGGACUGGAAGAAAAGAUCAAAGAAAAUCUUAAAAAAGCAUCUGAAGGCUUUUAUGAUUAUUGUUGGGUCUUAUGUCUCUUGUGGUUAUGUUGCUGGAUUGGAGGCUGGUUUGACUGCCUUGUUCAGGGACACAGAACAACAGCACAAGGAGAACCCUCAAAUGUUGUUCUGAAGGAAGAACAGAAGGUGCUCAUCAGGCACUUAGUAAAGCAAAUAGAAGAAAAGGAGAAAAAACGAGAUGAGAAGGAGGUUGUAACCCGGGAUGAUGUGGAAGAGUCACUGAAAGCAGUUUUUCAGUUUGUGAAGGACAAAGAACAACUUCUUCAAGAUCUGUGCUCCAAAAUUGAAGAAACUAAGAAAAAAAUUUCAGAAAAGCAGCGUGAGAGAGAUUAUUGGUUGGAGUACAAAAAUGUUGGAAGUGAAAUACAUGCUGAGAAGAUUAGCAGUCUGGAAAAAGACAUUGUGGAAGUCAAAUGUGAACUUGAAAGAACUGAAGAACAUUAUAGAGAAGCUUUGAAGGUUGUGAGAGAAGAAAAUCAGAAACUGUUUGACAGGCACAUGAAGUUACUCAGUGAAGAAGCUCUUAAGAAAGCUGUGGGAUACUUGGACAAAGACUGUCGCAGAGAGAUUGAAGAGAAUGAGUGGCUGAAAGAAGAGGUUAAGAUCUACCGAAAGGAAGAAACGGAUUUGAAAGCUUCUGUCCAGCUCCUGGAAGAAGAAAAUACCAGUUUAGUGGCAAAACUCAUUGAUAUCAAACUUCAGCAUCUACGACUAUCAGGGCAUUUGUUUCUUACAAAGGGAGCUGGCUUGCAAGAACUUCCUAAGGAUGAAAUGAAAAGGGAAAACAGACAAUGUGCAGCAAAGACAGAUGGAAAGAGCCUCAGAAGUGCCUUUCCAAAGGUUCAGUCUAAAACAGAUCAUGAGAAGCCUCAAGACAGUGAUGAGAAGCUGUGGAAAAAAUUCUUCACUCCAGCUGUGGACAACUUUUUGUAUGAAGAUGAAGAGUUCCAAGCAUACUCAAAACUGGGACCUCUGAAGAGAAGGCUGUACGUGGUUGGAAAAGCUGUGCCUGCUUGUAAGGAACCAGAAGAAAGGGCAAGCAGGAGCCACAGAGAAGAGGACACUGCUGGUAAAUCAGAUGGGCAUAUCACAGCUGAGAUGAUCAAGGCCUUAUUUAAGGAAAACAUUGAUGAAAACUAGACAAGCUGUGCUUUUGACGCAGAAAUGUAACAUUCUCAGUUAAUUAAAUAUUUGCUCUCUUCUGUGUGGCAUGGGGCUUUGAGGAAACUAUUUUAGAGUGCCUGAAUCAUGAUUAUAAGUUUCAUGAGAGGUAUGUCUGUGUGCAGAGGGUAAUUGAAAGGUUCCUUUCCUCACCACUGAGAGAGGUUUUGUGCACUUUUUGGGGUAUUUAGUCCACGUAGCAGCACAUGUAUCUACUAAAAGGUCUGAGCUAGUAUUUAGUUUGUGUGGUCUUCACUUGCAGAUGUGGAAUUCCCUCUUGCUCAGACAGUGAAUGGGUCAAUGCAGGCUGCCAUACAACACAGCACUGUUACAAAAUACUUAAUGCUCUGCUAAAGCAGAAUUAAUUUAUGCAAGCAUAAUUCAACUCUUGCUAUAAAUUGAGUGUUUGAAUACUUUUUAUAUCUAUUUCCACAAGACCCCUACUUAAAUACAUUGAAAUAAACAAAAAUGAUUUUUAAAACAAUUUAAAACCAGCCUAAAAAUCUCUAAGGUCUUAAAUACUUUGUUUAUUUGGAACUGGCCAAAUCUAUUGUGUAAGCUCGUUUCCCUGGUUUGUGGCUGGUCUCUUUGAAGAUCUGUCUUAGUGCAUUGAUGCAGUGGGGGUGUUUCCUCUGGACACUAUCUCAGCAGCACACAACAGGUCCUUCUCACAUAGAGGCUCUGACCUGUGCAUUUCCUCAUCAGAAACUUGUGACAGCAUUGAAUAAUCUGAUUUAAACCCUUGACAGGAUGAUCAGCUGUUUGGAAUAAAGCUUUUAAAAAAACCCUUAUGUUGUAAACAACCCCUAUCUCUGUGCAGUAUCACAGUGUAUCUAUACUUCAGUGCAAACACUUCUGCUUUUCCAAGCAUGCUCAGCUAUUCCUGCCCAGUAGGUGUCUCCUUGGGGUGCAGGUGAGUCCCACCAGUCUCUGGGAUCACA